CGUUCAACCAUCUCUCCUAUUGUUCAUCCCUCUUUUGUGUGGUAUAUCUCAUCUUCAUUCGUCCAUUGCAGGCAUCCCCUCUCCUAUCUAGUCCUCCGUGUACAAUCAAUCUCUCAAUAACAACCACUGUCCCGUUUCCUAUCCUACGUUCUCUCGACUUCGGUUAUCUUCCCCGGAUCACCGUGUGCGACACCGACUCAUAUCCACCCACCCCGUCAAUCUCGGCGCCGCUCCCCGCAUCCAGCGGAGCGCUCCGGAUUGUCCACCCUCCUUUCAGAUGAACCCGUCCGACGCUCCGGCGACCACCACCACGUCGUUUGAUGCCGGAUUGGCCUACCUGGACGAAGACAGCAACCGUCCUCCCGCAACCGAACGCGUGGAAGAUAGCACGGCGAGUCGCGGACCUGAAGACGAGAGCACUAGCGCUCAUCUAGAUCGUCCGACAGGGAGAAAGCCGGCGCCGCUGAAGAAGAAGAAGCUAGCUAUGGAGGAUAAGAAAGAGGACAAGAAAGAGGGAUCGCCUCCAUCAGACACGCAAUUCGACGCCAAACCGUCCGCCAGUCUCCCCAUCCAGCCGCGCCCUUUAGCAGCAUCCGCAUCACCACCGCAAUCCCCUCCCGACGACCGAAUCGUCCCCGGAUCACCGCACAGCACAUCCAACGCCUUCGGCCCCUCCUCCCCCCGCCACCGCCUCCGCUCCACCUCUCCCCGCGUCCACUCCCCCGCGUCCUCCCAGAUCUUCGAACGCAACGUCCAAGAGAGCGUCGACCCGGAAGACAUGCCGCGCGCGAUCCCCUCGCACAUCCAGACUGAAGACCACAUCCCCCCCGUGCUCGAGGCGUCCUCGCUCGCCAUUACCGACGACCACCUGAACCCCGACGAGGUUGAGAUCGUGAUGCACUCCGCCCACCAACCCGCCGCCGCCUCCGUCGCUGCUGGCACCGACAGCCUCCACUCCGCUCUCUCCGCCUCCCUCCACUCCGCCACCCACUCCCCCCUCCCCGACGACGCCCCAUCCCUCGACUCCCUCCCCCCCACCUCCCCCUCCCCCGACUCCUCCGACGCCUCCCCCCUCGACGCCGCUGACCCCCGUCGCCUCUCCUUCAUCUCCUUCGCCGACCUCCUCCAAGCCGAACACAUCGAGACCGCCUCCUCCGCCAGCCCCAACCGCGAAUCCCUCUUCCUCCCCCUCCACGCCUCCCCCCUCCCCAACCGCUCCCCGUCCCCCGUCCCCCGAUCCCGCACCUCCCUCUCCUCCGCCCCCCCCGCCUCACCCCCCACCUCUGGCGCCGCCAGUGUCAAGGGGCUCGAGAUCUCCGGGGCGCGCUCGCCGCCGAGGCCGUUGGUGCUGGGGUCGCCCGGGCAGAGCGCCGCGGGGGGGGCGCAGAGUCCGCCGCUGUCCGGGGAUUUGAUGGUCGAGACGAUGAGUCAGGCGUUGAGGCGGACGGGAAGUGGGGAUUUGAGGGAUGGGGGGAUGGGGGGAUUGGGGGGAAGGAGCGCGCCGGUGAGUGCGGUGACGUUGGAGGAUGCGGGGGCGGAUGAUCGGUUGUUUAGGUAGGGGGGAUCGUGGGUGUAUAGGGAAUUGGUUACGAGAUGGGGUUCGGACGGAGGCGAUUUUACUCGAGCUCAUUUUUGACGCGGACAGCGUCCAUUCCUUCUGACGAAGGCGUUUCGAGGGCAGGCGUCACUGGAUACGGCCACGCUGGCAUAUUACCUAUUUUUUUGGAUUUCUUCUUCAAGUCACCAGGCGUUCUUGGAUAUGCGACAGUUAUCGUCACUCCGAACGAGAGCUUUAGUCUAUGAACGCCCAUUCCUAUCCCCCGUAGUACAUCUGUGUUUUCCAUGCUACCUUUGCGUUUCGUGAUAGC